AUGCUUAGAUUGUGUAUGCUGUUGUGUUUGUUGAGUCCAUCAUGGGGCUACGAAGUGGAACAAAUUACUGAGCCUCUUCUGUUGGGCGAAGGCCCACAUUGGAAUGCAUUGACUCAAUUAUUAUACUUCGUAGAUAUUACUAACUCAACCAUUCAUGUUUAUGAUCCUUCAACUGGUGUUCACAACUAUACUACACUUGAUGGUGGGGCGGUAACUUUUAUCAUACCGAUAGCAGGAACAACAGAUGAAUUCUUAAUUUCAACAGAAUUAGAUAUAAGACAUGUUAUAUGGGAUGGACAGCAGGAUUCAACGCCAGAAUCAUCAAUUAUUUAUAGCGCAAUACAAGAUUCAGAUGGUUCUAGAUUUAAUGAUGCAAAAGUGGACCGCUCUGGAACACUUUGGGCAGGAACUAUGGGGCCAGAGGUUACGGCUGAUGUAAUAACAGAGAGAACUGGGAAAUUAUAUCGAGUAACACCAUAUAGCUCAAUUACAACACAAUUAGAAGAUCUUUUGAUUUCAAACGGUUUAGCAUGGUCUGCGGACGGAACUAUUAUGUAUUACACAGACACUGGUGAUAAUACCAUUGAUUCCUUUGACUUCAAUGCAACUGCUGACAAUCCAUUGAGCAACCGACAACACUUAUUCAAUUUUACCGAACAAGCAAUAAAUGGUACCAGCGAUGGGUUUACAAUUGAUACUGAUGGAAAUCUUUGGCUAGCAUGCUAUGGUGGAUACCAGGUGAUAGUUGUGAAUCCUACAAACGGAUCAUUACUGAUGUCUAUUCCACUCAACUCUUCAAAAGUGACAUCAUUAGCUUGGGGUGGACAAGAAUUGGAUGAAUUAUAUGUAACCACGGCGAAAAAGGGUUUGUCAGAUGAUGAGCUCACUAAUUAUCCUGAAAGCGGUGCAACUUAUAGAAUAACAGGGCUUGGAUCAAGAGGUUAUGCUGGAGACAACUAUGUGAUGUACACGACAACAACAACGUCUGAUUCAAAUUCUCUGCAUUUCACAAAGAUUUCUACUUUUAUUUAUGCAUUCAUUAUGUUAAUACUCACUUGUAGUUGAUGCUGAAAAUAACUCUUGUUGUAUUUAUUGCAAAAAUAUCAACAUCACUAGCUGACAAUUUGUGAGGUGACGUAGUGUACAUGAUUGAAGGCAUGGUUUUAGAUUGGCCUUUUUUUUUAUAUUGAACUGAGACCACAAUCAUUCGGUAUGCAAUAUUACUUUUUAACUGGCAAUACUAUUAAUGUAUCUGAGUUCACGAUAUGGCAAUACCAUUUAUAUAUCACCUUUAUUUACCUUUCCGAAUUAUGACUGAAGAGGUUACCAAUUCAUUGCCUGUGUGCAACUAUCAGUAAUUAUUAAUAUAACAUAAAGCCACUGACAAACCCAAGACAAUUCCAAAAAUAUAAUGAAUAUUUAUUAUAUCCAUUUAGACAUAUCAAUAGGUUUCAAUUUACUGACUCUAUUGAGAUGCAAUAAAAAUAUCAAUCAAGUGAAAUCUGGAUAAACGAAAUUCUCUAAUUGAACUGGUUGUAAGAUUUCUUCACUUUCAAAGAAAUUAAUAUGGGAUUAUACCAACCAACAUGUACAAUAUUUUGUUACUAUCUAGAUUAAUUAUUUGUGACGGAAAAAUGAAUAAUUUAUGUAUUUUAUUGAUACAAUGUUGAGUGAUUAACAUGUACAUUGUUUGACUUAACAGGCAACAAUAUAAAUUAUAAAAAAUCUUGACUAUCCCCUUCCCAAGCAUAUAUUUAUUUCUACAGCGACGAUUGCUCUCAAUACUUUGUAUUUGCAAUAGCUAAUCGGAAGUUCGCUUAGUUGUCGUUUGAAGAAUUUGCAAGCAUUAUUGUGAAAAUAUUAUCGGUAAGUAGCUAAAAAGAGAAUUCACGAAUUUAGUCUACUCGAAAUCAUGUAUAGUGGCUCAUAACAUGAUUAUCAUAUUUAGAGUUUUAAAUACUUUUUCUUAUAUUAUAUUUCUUUUUUAUUAAUUUUAUUAUAUAUUUGUCUUGUGUCUUCAGUCUUCACUGAGUUCUCUAAUCCCCCCCGAAUUCAGGAUCAUCUUCAAGAUUCCGCAACUUUUUCAAUAUUAGUUGUGAUUUAUUUUGUAAAUAACAUGUUUUUUAUCUUUCCAUAAUUUUUCAUUCAUUACUCCAACUAGCAGAUUAAGUUAAUGCGAGAGACAAGCAAAGUUGCCGCAUUCCCGCGCCCUGUCUUCAAAGUUUUAAAUGUAAGCAAACAUUUGUUCAGUUUACAAACUGAAAUUGUUAAUAUAUUUCGAAUGAUCCAAGCUUGAUGAUACCUUUAACUAAUUCAAUCAAGAUCUAUAAAGCUAUUAACUGUACAAACUUGGUUGAAUUGCUCACAUCUCAAUUUUAGAAGUCAUAA